AUGAUUGAGUCUCAGGAAGUUCUUGUAACUAUAGAGCCAAUACCAAAAAAGAUAGAAUCUGUAGUGACUAUAAGAAACAACGCAAACUUGAAUUUGGAAAAACAAGCUGAAAAAAUGAAAGCCACGUCUGUUGAUAAAUAUUCAAAUGUGAAAAUUGGCCAAAAUGUAAGAUUGAAAGUGCCUGAAAUUGACAAAGUUAAAACCUACCCGAAAAGCGUUAUUGCAGUUGUAGUAGAUGUAAAGGACAACGAGUUUUACCAACUAGAUACCAAAAUUGUACUACUAAAGCAGCUUUAUACACAAAGUCAAUUUACUUCAUGCCCUAAAGACUUUAUCAAGAUAGAAGUUGUUAAAGGUAAAGAAGUGAGUCUUCGAGAAGUUGUCGCAAAAUUGUCUUUGACCGGAGGACAAGGUUUCAAGAAGUGCAACUGCUUAAAAAAAUGCCUAACGAAGAAGUGCGCUUUCAAGUCAUCAAGAUUACUUU